AUGCCGGGCCCGGUCUCCCCGUCCGCGGCCGCUCCCUCCCGCAUCUUCGGAUUGCGGCUGCUUUCAUUCGGGCCGUGGGGGAUUAUAAAUGUUCGCGCAAUCAACUUCAUUAGGACCUGGAAUCGCAUUUCUGAUGGCGAUGGCUCUGCGCGUCCUCCAGCGCCAGGCGUCCCCAAACCUCCCCUCCUUUUGUCUCCGACGCCCUCCCUCCCCCGCCCCCCGCCCCCCGCCAGCCCCGGGGUGCUGCUGCGCCUCCCUGGCCGGCCCAGGGGAGGACCCCGGGGCCUGAGGCUCGCGCGCGUCCACGGGCCGCGUGGGAACCAGCUGCGCGCCCCCCGCCGGCAGCCCGCACCGCGGGAGCCCAGGGAACUGCAGGCCCGGGUCCCGCCGCCCGGGCCUCCGGGGAUCGAGAUGGGAACCCCCCCCCCCCCGGGAACCCCGGGGAGCCGGGGUGGGAGCAGAACCCAGCGGAGCCCGGGCCUGCCGGUUAAGAACCCCGGAGACAAAGGAGGCGACCUGGGGCGCAGGGCUCCCCACCGGAAAGCACCCGACAUGAAAAAAAAAUGUCCUUUUCCCACAGCAGCUGCGGGGAGCUCGGGCCUGGACCCGGCUCGCGGCCCCGCCCCCAGCGCGCCCCCUGCGCUGCCCCGGCGCGCCCCCAUUGCAUCACCCCCCAGCGCGCCCCCCCCAGCGCGGCCCCCAACGCGCCCCCUGCGCUGCCCCGGUGAGCCCCCAGCGCGACCCCCCAGCGCGGCCUCCAGCGCGGCCUCCAGCUCGCCCCCCCAGCGCGGCCUCCGGCGCGGCCCCCCGGCGCGGCCCCGGCGCCUCUCCAGCGCGGCCCCCAACGCGCCCCCUGCGCUGCCCCGCCUCCAGCGUGGCCCCCAGCGCGCCCCCUGCGCUUCCCCUGCGCGCCCCCUGCGCAGCCCCGGCGCGGCCCCUGCGCGUCCCCCAGCGCGCUCCCCUGCGCGCUCCCCGCCCCCAGCGCGUCCCCCGGCGCGUCCCCGGUGCGCCCCCGGCGCGCCCCCGGCGCCUCCCCAGCGCGCUCCCCUGCGCUCUCCCCGCCUCCAGCGCGUCCUCCGGCGCGGCCCCAGCGCGCCCCCGGCGCGUCCCCGGCGCGGCCCCGGCGCCUCCCCGGCGCGCCCCCUGCGCGUCCCCGACGCCUCCCCGGCGCGCCCCCUGCGCGUCCCCGGCGCCUCCCCAGCGCGCUCCCCUGCGCGCUCCCCGCCCCCUGCGCGUCCCCAGCGCGCCCCCGGCGCGUCGCCGGCGCGGCCGCUGGCCAGCUUCCUCCGGGGAGGGGAGCGAGUGCCCACCACGGGAAUCAUGACACACCGAAUGAGAGCCCCCCCGGCGCUCCCCGCUCUGCCCCCGGGACCCCGCGGGCGCGCGGGCCGCGCGCAGAGCCCUGGGCCGCGCCGGGGAGGCCGCUUGCUCCGGGCGCCACCUGCAGGGCCCGAGGAGGAAGGCCGGGCAGGAGGCAGGGAGAGCAGCGAGCUAAGGCCGGCCAGCCCCUUCCGAAGCCUGUGUCCGCACCGUUCCGCAGAGGGGGUCCCACACCAGGGCGCCUCAGAAGGGCGUCAGAGGCCAUGGCGAGAGGUCUUCCUGCUCCAGCAGAGCCCAGCUCCCCACAUCCCUGCCCGCGGAGACCCUGGCUUGCCGGUGACGGCGCACUCCGGGGCAGGGCAAAGAACUCCCUCACAACUGGAGGGCCAGUUUAUUGUCACGCCACCCCCAAACCCCUACCCGAGCCCCAAGCCCGUGUUCCCCUGCGUCAUUCCUCACAAUCGCACCCCGGAUGGAUAG